CUUCGCUUUCACUUUCUGUCUUGUUCGGUGAACAGAUCUUGUUUGCGCUGUUUCUUUUCAGUAAAGAACUUUCAAGAAGAUCACAUUUUAAAAUGGCUGGAAUCAGUGCUGACGAUAUGAGAAGUUACAUUAAAAACUUCAAGAUGGACAACUGUAGCCCUCACGGCAGCCAAGGCUAUCAGGGCGUCCUCCUGCAGUUAUUUGGUUAUACAGGUCAUGGAAAAUCCUGCUACAUCAACUCUUGUAAGUUCGUGGUAGAUGAUGGCAGCUACCAUGUCUACGCAAAGAGCUCAGAAGGUGCGCCUGAAACAAUGGAGCGUCAUGCGUUCCCUCUCACCGAGACCAUCAAACUGGUGGAUAACCGAGGCUGUGUGAAAUUGGACAAACGUGAGACAGGAGAAAUAUACGCCCAGCUAGGUAGGUACUGUAACGUGUUAGAGAGCAGUUAGAAUCUCUGUAAUAUGACAGGAGAAAUAUACGCCCAGCUAGGUAGGUACUGUAACGUGUUAGAGAACAGUUAGAAUCUCUGUAAUAUGACAGGAGAAAUAUACGCCCAGCUAGGUAGGUACUGUUAGAAUCUCUAUAAUAUGACAGGAGAAAUAUACGCCCAGCUAGGUAGGUACUGUAACGUGUUAGAGAGCAGUUAGAAUCUCUGUAAUAUGAUAGGAGAAAUAUACGCCCAGCUAGGUAGGUACUGUAAAGUGUUAGAGAACAGUUAGAAUCUCUGUAAUAUGACAGGAGAAAUAUACGCCCAGCUAGGUAGGUACUGUAACGUGUUAGAGAGCAGUUAGAAUCUCUAUAAUAUGACAGGAGAAAUAUACGCCCAGCUAGGUAGGUACUGUAACGUGUUAGAGAGCAGUUAGAAUCUCUGUAAUAUGAUAGGAGAAAUAUACGCCCAGCUAGGUAGGUACUGUAAAGUGUUAGAGAACAGUUAGAAUCUCUGUAAUAUGACAGGAGAAAUAUACGCCCAGCUAGGUAGGUACUGUAACGUGUUAGAGAGCAGUUAGAAUCUCUGUAAUAUGACAGGAGAAAUAUACGCCCAGCUAGGUAGGUACUGUAACGUGUUAGAGAGCAGUUAGAAUCUCUGUAAUAUGACAGGAGAAAUAUACGCCCAGCUAGGUAGGUACUGUAACGUGUUAGAGAGCAGUUAGAAUCUCUGUAAUAUGACAGGAGAAAUAUACGCCCAGCUAGGUAGGUACUGUAACGUGUUAGAGAGCAGUUAGAAUCUCUGUAAUAUGACAGGAGAAAUAUACGCCCAGCUAGGUAGGUACUGUAACGUGUUAGAGAGCAGUUAGAAUCUCUGUAAUAUGACAGGAGAAAUAUACGCCCAGCUAGGCAGGUACUGUUAGAAUCUCUAUAAUAUGACAGGAGAAAUAUACGCCCAGCUAGGUAGGUACUGUAACGUGUUAGAGAGCAGUUAGAAUCUCUGUAAUAUGACAGGAGAAAUAUACGCCCAGCUAGGUAGGUACUGUAACGUGUUAGAGAGCAGUUAGAAUCUCUGUAAUAUGACAGGAGAAAUAUACGCCCAGCUAUGUAGGUACUGUAACGUGUUAGAGAGCAGUUAGAAUCUCUGUAAUAUGACAGGAGAAAUAUACGCCCAGCUAGGUAGGUACUGUAACGUGUUAGAGAGCAGUUAGAAUCUCUGUAAUAUGACAGGAGAAAUAUAAAGGAGAAAUAUACGCCCAGCUAGGUAGGUACUGUAACGUGUUAGAGAGCAGUUAGAAUCUCUGUAAUAUGACAGGAGAAAUAUACGCCCAGCUAGGUAGGUACUGUAACGUGUUAGAGAGCAGUUUAGAAUCUCUGUAAUAUGACAGGAGAAAUAUACGCCCAGCUAGGUAGGUACUGUAACGUGUUAGAGAGCAGUUAGAAUCUCUGUAAUAUGACAGGAGAAAUAUACGCCCAGCUAGGCAGGUACUGUUAGAAUCUCUAUAAUAUGACAGGAGAAAUAUACGCCCAGCUAGGUAGGUACUGUAACGUGUUAGAGAGCAGUUAGAAUCUCUGUAAUAUGACAGGAGAAAUAUACGCCCAGCUAGGUAGGUACUGUAACGAGUUAGAGAGCAGUUAGAAUCUCUGUAAUAUGACAGGAGAAAUAUACGCCCAGCUAGGUAGGUACUGUAACGUGUUAGAGAGCAGUUAGAAUCUCUGUAAUAUGACAGGAGAAAUAUACGCCCAGCUAGGUAGGUACUGUAACGUGUUAGAGAGCAGUUAGAAUCUCUGUAAUAUGACAGGAGAAAUAUACGCCCAGCUAGGCAGGUACUGUUAGAAUCUCUAUAAUAUGACAGGAGAAAUAUACGCCCAGCUAGGUAGGUACUGUAACGUGUUAGAGAGCAGUUAGAAUCUCUGUAAUAUGACAGGAGAAAUAUACGCCCAGCUAGGUAGGUACUGUAACGUGUUAGAGAGCAGUUAGAAUCUCUGUAAUAUGAAAGGAGAAAUAUACGCCCAGCUAGGUAGGUACUGUAACGUGUUAGAGAGCAGUUAGAAUCUCUGUAAUAUGACAGGAGAAAUAUACGCCCAGCUAGGUAGGUACUGUAACGUGUUAGAGAGCAGUUAGAAUCUCUGUAAUAUGACAGGAGAAAUAUACGCCCAGCUAGGUAGGUACUGUAACGUGUUAGAGAGCAGUUAGAAUCUCUGUAAUAUGACAGGAGAAAUAUACGCCCAGCUCGGCAGGUACUGUUAGAAUCUCUAUUAAAUGACAGGAGAAAUAUACGCCCAGCUAGGUAGGUACUGUAACGUGUUAGAGAGCAGUUAGAAUCUCUGUAAUAUGACAGGAGAAAUAUACGCCCAGCUAGGUAGGUACUGUAACGUGUUAGAGAGCAGUUAGAAUCUCUGUAAUAUGACAGGAGAAAUAUACGCCCAGCUAGGCAGGUACUGUUAGAAUCUCUAUAAUAUGACAGGAGAAAUAUACGCCCAGCUAGGUAGGUACUGUAACGUGUUAGAGAGCAGUUAGAAUCUCUGUAAUAUGACAGGAGAAAUAUACGCCCAGCUAGGUAGGUACUGUAACGUGUUAGAGAGCAGUUUAAAAUCUCUGUAAUAUGACAGGAGAAAUAUACGCCCAGCUAGGUAGGUACUGUAACGUGUUAGAGAGCAGUUAGAAUCUCUGUAAUAUGACAGGAGAAAUAUACGCCCAGCUAGGCAGGUACUGUUAGAAUCUCUAUAAUAUGACAGGAGAAAUAUACGCCCAGCUAGGUAGGUACUGUAACGUGUUAGAGAGCAGUUAGAAUCUCUGUAAUAUGACAGGAGAAAUAUACGCCCAGCUAUGUAGGUACUGUAACGUGUUAGAGAGCAGUUAGAAUCUCUGUAAUAUGACAGGAGAAAUAUACGCCCAGCUAGGUAGGUACUGUAACGUGUUAGAGAGCAGUUAGAAUCUCUGUAAUAUGAAAGGAGAAAUAUACGCCCAGCUAGGUAGGUACUGUAACGUGUUAGAGAGCAGUUAGAAUCUCUGUAAUAUGACAGGAGAAAUAUACGCCCAGCUAGGUAGGUACUGUAACGUGUUAGAGAGCAGUUAGAAUCUCUGUAAUAUGACAGGAGAAAUAUACGCCCAGCUAGGCAGGUACUGUUAGAAUCUCUAUAAUAUGACAGGAGAAAUAUACGCCCAGCUAGGUAGGUACUGUAACGUGUUAGAGAGCAGUUAGAAUCUCUGUAAUAUGACAGGAGAAAUAUAAACCCAACUGAGCAGGUACUGUUAGAAUCUCUAUAAUAUGACUUAGAGGAGAAAUAUAAGCCCAACUAGGUAGGUACAUAGCAUUUAGAAAACAGUUCCGAAUCUCUAUAAUAUGACAGAGAAAUACUCGCCCAACUAGGUAGGUACAUAGCGUGUUAGAAAACGGGUCUAAUAUGACCCAGGAGAAAUAUAAGCGCCCAAUAGGCGAGUACUGUUAAGUCUAUAAUAUGACAGGAGAAAUAUAUAUAACUAGGUAGGUACUGCGUGUUAGAAACGGGGUAGAAUCUCUGUAAUAUGACAGGAGAAAUAUACGCCCAACUAGGUAGGUACUGUAGCAUUAUUUAGAAAGAACAGUUAGAAUCUCUGUAAUAUGACAGAAUAUAUAAGCCCAGCUAAAUUAAGUGAUACUGUAACGUGUUAGAAACAGUUAGAAAGGGUAGUAGAUACCAGGAAUAGCCUCCCAGUGGGAGCAGUAACAUUGAUUUAGAAAGGGUAGUAGAUACCUGGAAUAGCCUUCCAGUGGGAGCAGUAACAGUGAUAUAGAAAGGGUAGUAGAUACCUGGAAUAGCCUUCCAGUGGGGGUAGUAACAGUGAUAUAGAAAGGGUAGUAGAUACCUGGAAUAGCCUUCCAGUGGGAGCAGUAACAGUGAUAUAGAAAGGGUAGUAGAUACCUGGAAUAGCCUUCCAGUGGGAGCAGUAACAGUGAUAUAGAAAGGGUAGUAGAUACCUGGAAUAGCCUUCCAGUGGGAGCAGUAACAGUGAUAUAGAAAGGGUAGUAGAUACCUGGAAUAGCCUUCCAGUGGGAGCAGUAACAGUGAUAUAGAAAGGGUAGUAGAUACCUGGAAUAGCCUUCCAGUGGGAGCAGUAACAGUGAUAUAGAAAGGGUAGUAGAUACCUGGAAUAGCCUUCCAGUGGGAGCAGUAACAGUGAUAUAGAAAGGGUAGCAGAUACCUGGAAUAGACUCCCAGUGGGAGCAGUAACAGUGAUAUAGAAAGGGUAGUAGAUACCUGGAAUUACCUUCCAGUGGGAGCAGUAACAGUGAUAUAGAAAGGGUAGUAGAUACCUGGAGCAGCCUCACAGUGGGAGCAGUAACAGUGAUACAGAAAUGGUAGUAGAUGCCUGGAAUAGCCUUCCAUUGGGAGCAGUAACAGUGAUAUAGAAAGGGUAGUAGAUACCUGGAAUAGCCUUCCAGUGGGAGCAGUAACAGUGAUAUGGAAAGGGUAGCAGAUACCUGGAAUAGCCUUCCAGUGGGAGCAGUAACAGUGAUAUAGAAAGGGUAGUAGAUACCUGGAAUAGCCUUCCAAUGGGAGCAGUAACAGUGAUAUAGAAAGGGUAGUAGAUACCUGGAAUAGCCUCCCAGUGGGAGCAGUAACAGAGAUAUAGAAAGGGUAGUAGAUACCGGGAAUAGCCUUCCAGUGGGAGCAGUAACAGUGAUAUAGAAAGGGUAGUAGAUACCUGGAGCAGCCUCACACUGGGAGCAGUAGCAGUGAUAUAGAAAGGGUAGUAGAUAUCUGGAAUGGCCUUCCAGUGGGAGCAGUAACAGUGAUAUAGAAAGGGUAGUAGAUAUCUGGAAUGGCCUUCCAGUGGGAGCAGUAACAGUGAUAUAGAAAGGGUAGUAGAUACCUGGAAUAGCCUUCCAGUGGGAGCAGUAACAGUGAUAUAGAAAGGGUAGUAGAUACCUGGAAUAGCCUUCCAGUGGGAGCAGUAACAGUGAUAUAGAAAGGGUAGCAGAUACCUGGAAUAGCCUCCCAGUGGGAGCAGUAACAGUGAUAUAGAAAGGGUAGUAGAUACCUGGAAUUACCUUCCAGUGGGAGCAGUAACAGUGAUAUAGAAAGGGUAGUAGAUACCUGGAGCAGCCUCACAGUGGGAGCAGUAACAGUGAUACAGAAAUGGUAGUAGAUGCCUGGAAUAGCCUUCCAUUGGGAGCAGUAACAGUGAUAUAGAAAGGGUAGUAGAUACCUGGAAUAGCCUUCCAGUGGGAGCAGUAACAGUGAUAUGGAAAGGGUAGCAGAUACCUGGAAUAGCCUUCCAGUGGGAGCAGUAACAGUGAUAUAGAAAGGGUAGUAGAUACGUGGAAUAGCCUCCCAGUGGGAGCAGUAACAGUGAUAUAGAAAGGGUAUUUGAUACCUGGAAUAGCCUUUCAGUGGAAAAAGUACACUUUCUUUGUAGGGAAGAAGAUUAUAUAAACAAUUAAGGGGUAUUAAACCGUAACAUCCUAAAAGGUUAACUACACCCAUUGUCAGAUUCUUACUCAAAUGACAGACUUGAUUUAAUCUGUGGGAUUUACAUUACUCUGGGGUGAGAAGCACAGAGCUAAUUAUGGCAUUAAUAAUCGUGGUCCUUUAAGACACUGCUAUGCAUAUUUAUAUGCACUGUAGUACUCCCAGUCUCCACCAGCGCAAUUUUCAUUUUUUGUCAGCGCAUGCCUAUUUGGAUCCCUUUUAUGGGACUAGCGCAGCUGCAUUGUGGAACACAAGUUGCGUUCCAUACACCGAUCUUAGUUUGAUUUUAUAUGUGCAUGCGCGGUCUUGUCUGUCUGCGUUUUUUCCAGCGGACAGAUGCUGACGCGUUUGUAGCUUUGUGAGAUGGUGGAACGCAUGUGCAUUCCCCGUAUUUAUCUUUCUGUGAUUUUGCAGACUGACGGGCAAAAGCGGUGAUUUCAUAUCUAAACAAUGAUGGGGAGAUCUCCUUUACCCCUGCUGCCUGGCCAGACAUCUCGUAGGAUUGAGGUAGAAGUUAGAAGCCAUAUGUGUGAAUAGGAUGAUCUGGGUUAUAUGCACAUCUCUUUUCAUGGGCAUUGUGUGUGCGCAUAUAUUGUACAGGAGAUUAUAUCUGUGUUGCUUCAAUUAUAUAUUAUAUCCUAUCCGUAUGUUCUAGUAUUUCCUUUUCCGGCUUACAAAUGCAGAUUUCACAUACAUCAUAAUGAAAUCUGGACAUUGUUGGUGUAUUGGUUACCUUAUGAACCAUAGUCAGCUGACUAUGAUUGUGAGAGUUCCAGUCACUUAGGUGUUCUUCAUUGCCAUUAAAUGUUGGUAUAUAAAGGUUUUUAUUUCUUUUUGACCACAUGCUCCCUUGAUAAAGGCGGAUAGCGCCGAAACGUUGGGGGCUAUUAUUUUUUUGAUGUCUUCACCCUCUUCUCGUGUUCCUUGAUAGGGUCUAUCUUUUUUUUUUUUACAGGUAUCAUAAUAUUGUUUCAUUAUAUUGGUGCUUACACCAUUUAGUUUGUACUACUUGGAUCAGAAUAUUUCUGAUCGCUUCCUUUUUGGGUCUAUUUAUUGUUUACAUAUUUUCUAUAUAUGUUUGUUUAUAUUGUCACUGCAAUAUGACUAUACUGAUACCUGUUUUGUGCAUUCUUGUAUAAAAAAAAGUAGUGUUUUUUUGCAUUUUCAGUUAGUUGUGCUCCUCUUUUUAGUAUUACAAUUAAAGUAAUAUUCGGGAACAGGGCAUAUGUUACAGUAACCUUAAAGGAAUAUUAUAGUCACCAAAGCAACUUUAGCUUAAUUUAGACAUUUUGAUGUAUAAAUCACGCCUCUGAACUUUCACUGCUCAAUUCACUGCAAUGUAGGAGUUAAAUCACUUUUGUUUCUGCUUAUGCAGCCCGAGCCACACCUCACCUGGUGACUAUAGUGUCCCUUUAAGGGGUGAGAGCUUUGGCCCUUCAUCUGUUGGAAUAUUACAUUAGCACCCAUGCCCCUGAUAAGUUGUACCAAUUGUGUUUUUAAUUAGCACUUUGUUAGUGAGAUAUAAAAACAAGCAGGAUGUCCAUAUCUGACCACAGCACUGGACUGUUAAUACCUCGGCGAUUCUCUAUGUUUACAUUAUUUUUUAUGAAUUUGGAGUGAAUAGAAAUUACUGUUUAGAGCAGCGUUUCUCAAUUGGUGUUCCAAACAAAACUGGGGUUCCACAGCAUUUUACCACAUCCAAAAUGGCCGCUGCUACCUGCUGUUCCCAGAAGGUCGGAAACAGCAGAGAUCGCGCAACCACGAUCUCAUAAAAGAUCGCGGGAGCGCGAUCUCAUAAAAGAUCGCGGGAGCGCGAUCUUAAGCCCGGCCUGCCGUGCCGUCAGCCUUGCCGUAAGCACGCAUUACCGUCAGAGCCUGCCCUGCCAUCAGCCAGCCACUUAGGAACUUAGCUAGUCCAUGAGAGAGCCCGCCCAGCAGUCAGCCAGCCCUGCCGUCAGCCAUUAUCUAUCACUCGUGGUAGAGGAGUGAUAGAGAGUGGAGCUGAUAGUUAAAGCUCUGUUAUUGCCAGAUAGAAAGCUCUGUUAGGUAGGGAAAUAUAAAGCUCUGUUAGGUAGGGACAUAGAAAUCUGUUAGGCAGGCACAUUGAAAGGCUCUAUCAGGGGCACUGGAAGACUCUGUCAGGGACAUUGAAAGACUCUGUCAGGGGCAUUGAAAGACUCUGUCAGGGACAUUGAAAGACUGUCAGGGGCAUUGAAAUUCUCUGGUAGGGACAUCAAAAGGCUCUGUCAGGGUUAUUGAAAUACUCUUUGAGGGGCACUGAAAGGCUCUGUCAGGGGCAUUGAAAGACUGUCAGGGGUCAAAAACUGUUAACUGUAUUUUUUCAAAGUGUUCAAAUCUUUUUUUUUUUUUUUUAAUUUGGAAAGCUGGUUAAAGAAGGGAACACUUCAGAGAAAAAUGACUACUUCUACUUGUUCGGCACUUAUAGAAACUGAGAAAGAAGAUACAAGUAAAAAUCCGGAAAACAUGCCCGAAAUAGUUGUUUCUACUGUUCCUCAAACAGCAGAGACAAGUGACAAGUCAGAAAAAAAAAAAAGAAAGAAAAGCACACAAUGCCGGCCAAUCUUCUUCUCAAACAAAGAAGAGAAAAUAUGAUGAUAGCUACUUGUCAUGUGGAUUCACAAGAGCCAGAAAUGAAGAUGUCCUGAAGCACAAUGCGUACUUUGCAAUAAAAUAUUGCCAAACGGUUCAUUGGCACCUGCUAAAUUACGUCGUCAUUUCAAGCAAAACCACGCAGAGUCAGGGCCGGAUUAACAUAGGGGUUGAUGGAGCUGCAGCUCCAGGCCCAGGCCCAUGGAAUAGGCCUAUUUUUUUACACACUACUCUUGGGUUUGCCACCUGACUGGUAUUUUACCAGCACAGCCGGUAUUUGAGGCUGCCUGGCCGUGAUGGUAUUGCAGUAAUACUGGCAAUACAAAUGCAGAUAUUUUUCUCAGUAUAAAUGGAGAUUACUGCGCAAUACCAGCACCAGCCAGUAGGGGUCACUGUGUGUGGAGAGAGGCAGGGAUAGGAAGUUACAGCAUAUCCCGCCCUGCCUCUCUCUAUUCACUGAUCCGCGGGGGAGCAGCUACACAGCACAGAGAGUCCAGACAGUGGGGGGACCGGCACAGUGGUACCUGGGACUGGGAGGCAGGGUGGCGGUGUUCCCUGGUGAUUCUAGUGGGUGAGUGAACUCUAGCCUGCGGGCUCGAGUUCACUCUCGCGAGAUCCGGUCGUUGCCAUAGCAAAAUGGCCGCUGCUACCUGCUGUUCCCAGAAGGUCGGAAAUAACAGAGAUCGCGCAACCACCAUCUCAUAAGAGACAGACAACAGCUCAGGGAAGUGAAGAAUGGGGGGGAAAGACAGCAGGGAAACAUGGGGACACUGAGACACUUGGGGACACUGUGAGACAUAGGGACAUUGGGAGACACUAGGGACACAGUGUCUCCAUGUCUUCCAGUGUCCCCAUGUCUCCCAGCCAAUGUCCCUAGUGUCUCAUUGUCCCCAUGUGUCCCAGUGUCCCCAAAUAUCUGUCUCCCAGCCAGUGUCUCUGGUGUCUCAGUGUCCCCAUGUCUCCCAGUGUCCCUAUAUCUCCAAGCCAGUGUCCCUAGUGUCUCAGUGUCCCCAUGUCUCCAAGUGUCCCAAAAUGUUUCAGUGUCCCCAUGUCUCCCAGCCGUGUUCCUAGUGUCUCAGUAUCUCCACGGCACCCAGUGUCCCCUUGUCUCCCAGUGUAUGUGUCCCCAUGUCUCUCAGUGUCCCUAGUGUCUCAGUUUCCCCAUGCCUCCCAGACUCCCCAAAUAUCUUUCCCCUAGUGUCCAUAUGUCUCAGUGUCCCCAUGUCUCCCAGUGCCCCCAAAUUUUUCAGUAUCCCCACGUCUCCCAGUGUCCCCUAGUCUCCCAGUGUCUGUGUCCCCAUGUCUGGGUCCACAAGUGCCCCCAUGUGUCUUAGUGUCCCCAUGCCUCCCAGCCAGUGCCCCUAGUGUCUCAGUGUCCCCAUGCCUCCCAGUGUCCCCUAGUCUCCCAGUGUCUGUGUCCCCAUGUCUCUGUGUCCCUAGUAUCCUAGUGACAAAGGAAACACUGAAACAUGGGGACAUAGGGAGAAAUGAGGACACUGAGACACUGGAAGACUAGGGGACUGGGCGUCCAAUUCUAUGGACAGACAUGCCCCUUUUUUGGGCAUGUUCGCCCCUUUUGGCAGUUCUGGUCACGUGAUUCGUGACAGUGGCCCACCCUUUUACCCCGCCCAUUGACUUCCUUCUUCACUGGACACUGCUGUUAGGGGUAUGGAUUUACUUGAAAGAUGAAAGCAUAAUUUAGAGAGAGAUUAGCAUAGGGUAUGUGUAUUCUUAUAGCUGCAUCCUUUGAGUUUUUAAUUGGGAAACCCUGCACUAGAGGAUUUGGACAUUUAAUGUGUGUGGAGACAGCCGCCUUAUUAGGUCUUAAUGUCUGUGCUAAUAUAGAAUAAUAGUAAUGUGAUCCCUUAGCACUGCUUUUGUAUGCAUGAUCUUUACCUAUAUUGAUUUAUUUUAGUCAAAGCAUUAAUAAACAUAAUUAUUUGCAUGGGGUACAGGAGCAAUGUGUACAAAUAUCUGUCAAUAGAAUGAGUAAUAUGUUUAAAUAUUUAUGGGUGGGAGGGGCUAUGUGUAUAAAUAUCUGUGGGUGGGAGGGGCUAUGUGUAUAAAUAUCGGCCGGUGGGAGGAGCUAUGUGUAUAAAUAUCUGUGGGUGGGAGGGGCUAUGUGUAUAAAUAUCUGUCGGUGGGAGGAGCUAUUUGUAUAAAUAUCUGUCGGUGGGAGGAGCUAUGUGUAUAAAUAUCUGUGGGUGGGAGGGGCUAUGUGUAUAAAUAUCUGUGGGUGGGAGGGGCUAUGUGUAUAAAUAUCUGUCGGUGGGAGGAGCUAUGUGUAUAAAUAUCUGUGGGUGGGAGGGGCUAUGUGUAUAAAUAUCUGUCGGUGGGAGGAGCUAUUUGUAUAAAUAUCUGUCGGUGGGAGGAGCUAUGUGUAUAAAUAUCUGUGGGUGGGAGGAGCUAUUUGUAUAAAUAUCUGUCGGUGGGAGGAGCUAUUUGUAUAAAUAUCUGUCGGUGGGAGGAGCUAUGUGUAUAAAUAUCUGUAGGGGCUAUGUGUAUGAAUAUAAGUGGCCAAGAUGGCUUUGUUUUGUCGGUUCCAUUUGGACCACAAAUAGAUAUAAAUUAAAUAAUUAUAUCCAUAAUAUACAUACCUCACUCAUCUUCCAUCAGGAUAUAGAUUGUUAAUUUAUUUAUCUCCAGUAUCCGUGCAAGGUGUGCGAAAUUUGGAGACUACAAUGUACUCUACUUCCUGCAUUACUUAUACGUUAUUAUUAUUAUUAAACUACAUUAUUGUAACAUUCUCAGCUGUUUUCAUGGUGGAAUGGUAUUCGUAACAUUACCAAUAAUGUCAGCUGUUAUGUCAUGUUUGUAUUAUCACAGGGAACUUUUUACCCCUGGACAAACCUGUUGAAUGGCGGGACACAUUUGAAGCCAUGAUGGAGAACAUCCUGCAAUCAGAGAUGGAGGGUGAAUCAGCGUUCUUCAUUGUGCCAGUGUUUGUCUACAGGUAAUUAUCACAUCAGGGAGAGGUAAAAAUACUGCUAAUCCAUUCAAAUAUUUUGUCUGAAAAAAAAGAGAAAAUGAUUGGAAUGAGCUGUAAUAAUAUAACAAGCUGUAUUAAUACAAUGAGCUGUAAUAAUAUAACAAGCUGUAUUAAUACAAUGAGCGGUAAUAAUAUAACAAGCUGUAUUAAUACAAUGAGCUGUAAUAAUAUAACAAGCUGUAUUAAUACAAUGAGCGGUAAUAAUAUAACAAGCUGUAUUAAUACAAUGAGCGGUAAUAAUAUAACAAGUUGUAUUAAUACAAUUAGCGGUAAUAAUAUAACAAGCUGUAUCCAUACAAUGAGCUGUAAUAAUAUAACAAGCUGUAUUAGUACAAUGAGCUGUAAUAAUAUAACAAGCUGUAUUAAUACAAUGAGCGGUAAUAAUAUAACAAGCUGUAUUAAUACAAUGAGCUGUAAUAAUAAAACAAGCUGUAUUAAUACAAUGAGCUGUAAUAAUAUAACAAGCUGCAUUAAUACAAUGAGCGGUAAUAAUAUAACAAGUUGUAUUAACACAAUGAGCUGUAAUAAUAUAACAAGCUGUAUUAAUACAAUGAGCUGUAAUAAUAUAACAAGCUGUAUUAAUACAAUGAGCUGUAAUAAUAUAACAAGUUGUAUUAAUACAAUGAGCUGCAAUAAUAUAACAAGCUGUAUUAAUAUAAUGAGCUGUAAUAAUAUAACAAGCUGUAUUAAUACAAUGAGCGGUAAUAAUAUAACAAGCUGUAUUAAUACAAUGAGCGGUAAUAAUAUAACAAGCUGAAUUAAUACAAUGAGCUGUAAUAAUAUAACAAGCUGUAUUAAUACAAUUAGCGGUAAUAAUAUAACAAGCUGUAUCCAUACAAUGAGCUGUAAUAAUAUAACAAGCUGUAUCCAUACAAUGAGCGGUAAUAAUAUAACAAGCUGUAUCAAUACAAUGAGCGGUAAUAAUAUAACAAGCUGUAUGCAUACAAAGAGCUGUAAUACUAUAACAAGUUGUAUUAAUACAAUGAGCUGUAAUAAUAUAACAAGCUAUAUUAAUGCAAGGAGCUGUAAUAAUAUAACAAGCUGAAUCCAUACAAUGAGCGGUAAUAAUAUAACAAGCUGAAUCCAUACAAUGAGCUGUAAUAAUAUAACAAGCUGUAUCCAUACAAUGAGCGGUAAUAAUAUAACAAGCUGUAUCAAUACAAUGAGCGGUAAUAAUAUAACAAGCUGUAUGCAUACAAAGAGCUGUAAUACUAUAACAAGUUGUAUUAAUACAAUGAGCUGUAAUAAUAUAACAAGCUAUAUUAAUGCAAGGAGCUGUAAUAAUAUAACAAGCUGAAUCCAUACAAUGAGCGGUAAUAAUAUAACAAGCUGAAUCCAUACAAUGAGCUGUAAUAAGCCCACUGAGCUGUAAUAACACCCUGAGCUGUAAUAAUACAACAAGAUAUGAUAACACACUGAGCUGUAAUAACACACCGAGCGAUAAUAUGCAAUGAGCUUUUAUCCUACAAUAAGCUGAAGUGGUGAUGGUACUUGGAAAGUCCCUCUAAGAUACCCAGCAGUGCUGCCUCCUCUGUCUACCAUGCACUAUUAUGUCUUUUGCUAGGGCCUGGCAGUUUCCAUUUUCUUAGAAAUACAUCUGCAUACCGUAGUAACAUUGCUUUACGUGUGGAAAAGGGAAACCGUUUGAGAUUAUUAAUUAGUUCUCUCUAUAAAGGACACAUUAUGUAAGAUAGUUUCAGAGCUCGUGUUUGAUGCUGAUCUGCAACAAUUCUGACCUUUAUUUUACAGUGUGAGGCAAGCAAUAGCUGAUCAGAACUUCCAAGACUUAAAGGAACUGCUAGAUAAGGCCAAGAACAUAACAGGUAAAAUAUAAUUAUCGUAACAAUAUUCACAGCAGGACCGGACUGGCCCACGGUGAUACCGGGAAACUUCCUGGUGGCCCGGCACAGUAGCGAGCUGGUGAGCGGGCGCCACUGGCCGAACCGUGCAAUUAUAGAGUGACCAGCAGUAGGGGGGCACAUGUAGCGUGGCCGAGCAGGCAGACUGCGGGUAGAGGAGCUUCUGUUUCCCUACCCGGUCUGACAGGAAGUGCUCACAGAGAGCACAGAACUGCUUCCCGUCAGACCAGGUACAGCGAGCAGGAGCUCCUCCACCACGGUCUGCCUGCUCAGCCAUGCUACAGCAAGGUACAGGGAGAGCUCAUGGGGGAAGGGAGGAACUAAUGGGACACAGGGAGAGCUGGGGGGGACUAAUGGGACCCAGGGAGAGCUGGGGGGGACUAAUGGGACACAGGGAGAGCUGGGGGGGACUAAUGGGACACAGGGAGAGCUGGUGGGGAACCAAUAGGACACAGGGAGAGCUGUGGGGGAACUAAUGGGACACAGGGAGAGCUGGGGGAACUAAUGGGACAGGGAGAGCUGGGGAGGGGAGACUAAUGGGAUACAGGGAGAGCUGGGGGGCAACAGAUGGGACACAUGCAGAGCUGGGGGGAAUUAAUGGGACACAGAGAGAGCAGGGGGGGACUAAUGGGAUACAGGGAGAGCUGAGGGCAGGGACUAAUAGAACACAGGGAGAGUUGGGGGUGGAACUGCAGAACUAAUGAGACACAUGGAUUGCUGGGAGGGGGAUAUAAGGACAUAUGGAGAGCCAGGAAGGGAGUAUAGUGACACAUGGAGGGCUGGGAUGGGGGUAUAAGGACACAUGGAGGGCUGGGGGGCUAAUGGGACAUGUGGGAGGGUUAAUGAGACAAAUACAGGGCUGAGAUGGGGCAUAGGAAAACAUGGAGGGCUGGACGUGUGCUAUAGGAACACAUGGAGGGCUGGGAGGGAGGGCUAGUGGGGCACAUGGAGGGCUGGGGGCUAAUGGGACGCAUGUUGGGGGCUACUGAGACAUAUGGAAGACUGGUGACGGUGGAAUGAGACACAUGGAGGGCUGUGGGGUAAUGAGACACACGGAGGUGUGUGGGGAGGAAGAGACAGAGGGGUUGGGAAACGGGAACAGGAGACAUACACAGAGGAGCUGAGGAGGACGAACAAGAGACACACUGAGGGGCUGGGAAAGGGGAUAAUGAGAUACACAGAGGAGCUGUGGGGAAAUAUACACAUAGAGGUGCUGGGACACUCACAGAAGAGGAGACUCACAGAAGAGCUGGGGAAAGGGAGAAAUAGACAAUGGACCUGGGGCUACGGGACACAUGAAAGGGGCUUCAGGAAGAAAGACACAAACAAAAUGCAUCUUCACUUGUGUCUCCUGCUCUCCCUGUAACUUAGAGUCAGCCCGUGAGAGAAAGACGUCGUAUUAAAGGGACACUAUAGUCACCAGAACUACUGCAGUUUAAUGUAGUGGUUCUGGUGCCUAUAACCUGUCCCUGUAGGAUGAGCACUGUAAAUGCUACCUUUUAAGAGAAAAGGCAGUGUCUACAUUGCUGCCUAGGCACAUCUCUAGUGACAGUCACUCAGACGGCCUCUAGAGAUGCUUCCUAGUACAGUGCUGCACACUCUGCAUGGAGGCACUGAUUGCUCCCCAUAGAGUUGCUAUGGGGAGAUGCAUUGUAAAGGAACCUUAUAGCACCACUUGCAAAACUGUGACUGGAGCUGUCAGUAAGCUGAAUGCAGGCUAAGCUUCAGUUCAAUUAGUAUUCUAAUUCUCCUUGCUUUAAUAUAAGAGUUUAUGUACAAGGUCCGCCUAACACUACAAUGGCCUCUUUCUCACGGCAGGUAUUUUUCCCACUAUUAUUCUCACACAUGGAACGCACCAAAACAUGGCAAAUGUGAAGGAGAAAUUCAGGAUGAUGGGAGGUCAGAACAUGUUUGACUUGGAGAAUUACACCAAAGAUGAUCACUUGAAAGUGAGAGGGAGACAUGAAACCAAUUUAAGGUUAUUGUAUGAGAUUCUCCAAGAUGUGGAAUUCAGAAUGAAAGCGGAAAGAGAUCCUGUGAAAGACAGAAUUAAUAGGAAAAGAUUUCUUUAUAAAUUUGCAAACGAGAGAGAGCUUGAGAAGCAGAAAGAAGCUUUGGAGAAUCAGAUAGAAUAUUAUCGUAGGGAACUAGAGGUCGAGAAAAAGAAACCGUGGUUUAAAUUUUGGUGAAUGUUGCAUUGUUAUUGGUGACCGUACCUAUUCACCUAACAACGUAUUCCAAUCACAAAUUCAUAUAAAACAUACAACACAGGGUGUUUCAAGUCUAAACCAUUCAUUUAUAUUGUAUUAGCUACAUAUCCAGAUUCACUGAAAACCCCAAUAUUAGAAUUACUAGAUUAUUGUCUGUCGUGGUGGCCUGAACGUAGUCAAAUGCCCAUUUAAUGUGUUAAUAGAGCCCUACAGUGAAUUAAUCCUGAGCUAUGUUAUAGAGGAAAGAAAAUAUAGAAACAACCAGACAAGACUUUCAAAAUUAGCGAACAAUUUGAAUUCACAGACUCUGUACGUUCCCUUCACAAUGGCCCCACUAGUCUCUAUGUUAGGAUUUUCCCAGAAUAAUUUCUGCAUGUCGCCCGGUAUGCUAGCUUUGCUUAAUUUGUUUAAUUUGUUCUUACUUUACUCUUACUUAAUAUAUGAUUUUUUUUCAUUGAUCUUUGACUAAUAAAGAAUACUUCCCUUAAUCCAAAUGUCGCUAUGUGCCCGUACAGUUACGCGCAGUCGAAGAUAUUCCUGUGAAGUGGAUCCUAAAAUUACUUUUUAGAGUUGAUGUUAAUUAAAGCAGGAUAUCAUAUUGCUGAUUAUAUGUAUAAUAAUAUUAUGGCAAUGCUAUGAGAAUGUGAUCCCAUUCAUUAUUAAAGAUGAACGAAUAAAAUCACGAAAUCACA